AUUCGCGCGACGCGUUCGCCCGGGAGGUGAGCGUAUUGUUGCCGAAUGACGAACGGUCAAGCACGAAAAGUUUGACAACUUUUUUUAUCACGGGCCCUUACUCCUAAAGGACUUCGUGUCGACUCCGAAGUAACGUUAGUGCGGUGCGUUCAAUGUGAAGACUGUAUUUGUGAAGUGUGUCCACGGUAUUCUUAAUUUUUAACGCAAUUUACCGUUUCAAUUGAACGUUACUCGAUUCGUUCAAUAAAAACGCAUAAGCAGAAGUAACGCUCAUCGCGAGAGGGCCGUAUAUGGUCGACUCUUGGUGCUGGCGUCAGCCGGUGAAAGUAGACCUUUGUUAAGUUCAUAAGGACACGAACCGCUUGCAACUAGCUCGAAACGAGUCGUUUCGCCUGCAAUUUGCGAGAGGAGAGGUCGAGUCAGGGCCGCCGGUGACCAUGGCAACCGGCACUGAAACAAACCCUUGAAAUCAGCGGCGUGUGCGGAUGUCGGGAGGCGGCGCGGGUCUGAUGUCGUGUGUGCGCGAGGGCUCGUUGGAGCCGCCUUACCGUCCGCCGCACCAGGAUCCGCAUAAUCAUGGCGAGGGCCGCACCGGCCGGUUCCUGCGCGGUCUCCGCCGCAUGUUCAAGCGUCGUGGCAGCGGCGCGCGCGCAUCCAGCCCCGACCCUAAGAGUAGUUCUACCAGUGAACUGCUCGAUGCCGAGCGACACGCCCGGAGAAAAGAGGGUGCAUAUGGCAGCGGUCUGUCAGUGUCGCACGACUCUGUGUUCACUGGCGAACGAUCAGGCGAUGAAUCCAGUGACGAACGGCCCCCGCACGCGCUAGCACACCUCGCCACCACACAUCGGGCGGAGCUAGUGGCGGCGGUGCGGCGGCGAGGACGCGGCGACGUCAGCGAUGAUGACGAAGAUCUAGGUCUGCCACGCAGUCCUCCAGCGUCGCCACCUACCGACAAGGCUGAUAAGCGGCACCACGCCGGCAUCUCGCAGUCGUCAUGCAGCGACGGCUCCCUCCUGAGCGUCGGCUCCUCGGAGAUAGACGAGGACAGCAGCAGCCACCAGCUAUCCCACGAUCACUCCGCGAGAAGUGAUCAGUCAGACCUCUAUAACUCGUCUGAACCGCCAACGGGGGUGGCGCCACUGUCGCACUCGGCUGCCAAACACAAAAUGGCGGUACGUCCGCGACGGACGCACGGCGCGCCUAGGCGGAAGAAAAAUAACCCCAUUGCCGCAUCAGCCUUGCCUAUAACGCCCGAACUGAACGAAGAAAUGAUACGAAGCACUACUCCUGAUGUAACUCAUAAAACCUCAGAAGUCGUAACUGAAUCAUUCUCUUCAUCGAUCACGACGAAGCAUACAAUCGUAGAGCAACACCUACACGUUAAUCGAGAGCUGCAAAGAGUAAUGGAUACGCCAAGUGAUAUCAAACUAAAGUCAUCGUCGCUCCCGCCAGGUCUCGCAUUAAGCCAGCUCGUAGGUCAAACGCCCGCCAAACUUAGCAUAGCAGAAUCCAACACGCCUAGAUCUUCUAUCAAGAGAAGCAAAUCGAGCACCCAAGAUCAAUCUCUGAGAGAAACAUCCCCAAAAAGUCAUAUAAAGAUUACGGAAACUAAAAUUAAUUCCCGUUCGGAGGAAAGAAUGACCAAAUACCGUACCGAUAAGAAGCACGCCGAAGAGUCUUGCCCGGAAAAGAAAUCUAAGUCAGAGAAGAAAAUGGAGAACGAAGUUAUUAAAUCCUCUAAGAAAGAGGAGUCUUUCUUCAGCAGGUUGCUGUUGAGGAAGAGUGGGAAGAAACCAAAGAAAGAUCAAACUGACGGUGAAGGGUACCAGGACGUAAAAAGGUCCAAAAUGGAGAAAACGCCGGCUCAAUAUAAACCGGUCGACACCGAAAAGACCGGUUAUUCGUGCGCUGAAGUGGGACAAGGUUACAAGCCUGUUCCUGCCGAGAGGACACAUAAGUCUGCUGGACAAAAAGCUUUCGCUAACCAAAUGCAUAGAAGGCUGGACAAUAAAGGAGGUUACGUUCAAGAUGGCGCGUACAAGGACGUUUACAGCGCGGCUAAAGUCGCCGGCGUGGAAUACAAUAUUACUGAUCUCAAAAUCGCCGAUGAAACUGAUAAACUAUUAAAUCAGGAAAUGAAGAAUCGUUUCAGUAGAAGAGAGGAGUUCAUUGAAAAAAAUGAGCGAUCUAAACGAAGCACCUCUAAAGAAGGCAUUGAUGAAAAUAAGAGAGAAUCCUUUAGUUUGCACCACGAUAAGUCUAAGAGGCCUGUCUCUGUACAAAGGCUAAUCGAUCCGACAAGAGCAUUUAUUAGCAAUGAGGUAGCGUGUAGAGCUCAAGAAGAAAUGCUUUCGCCUACAUUAAUGAUCCCGGAUGAUGAACCUCCACCCCGUGCAAUGAGAAUAAAUAAAGUUAAUAGUGAUUACAUGUUUCAUAGUGGCAGUAUGCCCAAAAAUAUUCCCUACUUCAAUCCUGGUUUAGCAUUAUCCACUUCUGCUUCGCCUCCUAAAGCUCUACGUCACCAGAGUUCUGAAAAUGUCAGAAAUAGAUCUUCUGAGCGUUUUUCAGAAUUCUCUGAGAAAAUAAUAGAGAGCAAACAAGUAUCUAAAACUGAUGAAUGCUAUGUAAGUUCAGGAAUGAGAUCACUGGGUGAAGAGUUUAUAGAAAGUAGAAGCAGUAUUGGAAAAUCCCAUAGUUUCCGAUAUGCUUCGGAGACUACAUCAAUCAGUUCUCAAGAAAAUCAAAUGCCGAGCUUACCAGCAAUAGUUGGCAUUUCCGAACCUUUGUUAGAAAGUUGGGAAGUUAACUACAGACGAAAUAUCAGUGACAGACAAGAAUUUUCCAAGAGAGUUUCUGCUAGGAAUUAUAACAUUCUUCACGGCACUGCUGAAGCUAAUUACGAUAGUUUACCAAGUACAGACAGCAGUUAUUUAGACAGCCUCAAGAAUGAUGAUGAUAGAAAACUUUUCACAAAUAACAUUCACAUUAAUCUCGACAGCCAUAAACGUGAUAGUGACAUUUCCCAAAUAGAAGCCAAAAUCGAUGACAUUAUUAGUUCACCUAAGCCUAUUAUAUCACCAAUACUCAAAUCAAGUUCAUUAGAUAGCGUUAAAAGCAGUCCCGAGAAACCAGCAGACGAUAGACGAAAAACCAUAUCAGUUGAAAGUGCAUUGAGUCAGGGUGGAAAAGUUAGCAGUGUACGGAAAGACCUUAAAUAUGAAACGGAGAGUUUUAUUUCAGUGACGCAUAUAAAUAAAGAACAAACUAAUGUUCAAACAAAGACUACAGAAUCUGCCAAAAUAAACAAAAGUGACGAGAAAAUCCAAAAAGCCGGUAAAUCUGGAGUACCUGAAUUCUUAAAUAUUCAGUUAAAUAAAGUCGACGCUAAGCCUACUACAAAUAUUGUAUUGACCGCAAACGUAACGCCAAAGAAAAUAGAUAGUCCACAAACCGAAAAAGAACUUGAUGUUGAAACUUUCCAAGUAACAGAAAGCAAAUCUGUACCAAACUCUGAAACAAGAAAAGAAUCUUUAACGAGCAAAAUUGAGAUUAACACUGAAAUCGCUCUACUGGAAGAUAAGAUCCCGAAAACACCGUCGCCUGCUUUUGCAAGAAAGUCAGUUGUACAGCCUGUUGCACCACAAAGCCCUUCGACUCCCAAGAACUUUUUCAAGAGAAAAGCGACGAGUGUUGAGUUGCAAGAUAGGCCCGAGAAACCUCGAACGAAUUCCAUGAGCACAGACGGUAGCAGCGAGAAGAUAUUCGAUAACAUUUCCAUGGAUCAGAAGUCUCAUUCUAGUUUUGGAAGCAAGAGUUCUAUACAGAGCACGGAUAGUAAUGAUGUAAAAACACCGGACAGAAACGACGAGACAGUAGUGUAUCGUAAAAAACCAGUAAUGUUGUCCAAAGAACUUCGCAAUAGCGAAAGGAAAAAUGACGAUGAACCGGAAUUAAUGAAAGUGUUCGCGCGACGCUCACUUAAAAUUAAAGACACAGAAGCGGAUCAUUUAGCACAAGAGAUCGCCGAUUCCAAAGACUCUAAAGACGAAGCCAAUGAAAACAUUACGGCGUACCGAACGAAAAUUUUGAAAAACGAAUUCAACGCGUCGAUUAAAUCUAGAGAUAGCGACAAAGAGAACGAGGAUACGGCUGUUAAAGACGCGGAUAAGAAAAUAGUCGAUAUCGCAGCGAGAGUCAGUCAGUUCGGAGUUCCACAUUAUCAAAGAAGCGUCAGCAUAAACACCGUAUCGAAUCCGAAACGGGACAGCGCGCCGGUGUACAGAAGUGAAGUAAACAAAUACAAAAAGGAAGUUUCGGACUCGACGCCCGAAAAGAGACUAAGGAAUAGGACUUUCCCGGACCCAUCUAAUGAUAGGGAUGAUAUUAAAAGUAUGGCAAAGAGCGAAGCGUUGGCAUACAAAGCUGAUACUUUGAAGAGGCCGUGGCAAAAGAAAGAGGAUGAUAAGACGAGAAACUCGUCAGAAGAGGAAAAACGCGAGAGUGCUGUGAUAGAGAGGGAAGAAGAGGGAGCGGGGGAGGGAGCCAGAGAGGGAGGGGAGGGUUUCCGGGGCAUUGUGCACGUGCGCGCUCAGUGGGAGCGACGCGCUCAACAAGGGAUGGCCAAGUAG